AAUUGAGCGGGAAAAAAUAAUACAAAUUUGCAAACGUCUGCAGAAUGACGACCGCGACGACGACGUGCCGGUGUUUGGCACUGUAAAGUGUUGUGCUGUGGAGGGUUACCAGACGACGUGUGAGUGUGUGGGAAGUUACACGGAGAAGCAGGUGACCAGAGGAAGAACCUGUAAGGAGAAGGAGAUCCAGUAGCCAAACACGGCCAAACAUUCCACGCUUAUCAACCGGUUGGAUACACUGCUAAAGGUUUUCUACAGCCAAGAUGGACAAAUCGGCUGCGGCGGCAGCCGCUGCAGCAGCAGCAGCAGCAGCUCAGGGAGCUUCCGGGCCUAAGGUGUCGCAAAUCGCGAAUCUGUUCCAGCGUAAGCCGGUGGAGCAGCCACAGGAUCCGACGAAAGAAUUGGCCAGCCAGCCAUCGCCCACGGCCACGGUAGUACGGACGGAGUCGCACGCGGCGCGGUUCAACAACGCUCGGGCACUGUUCGAGAAGCUCGGCGAAGGUCGCGUAAACAGGCCACCGCCGUUUAGUAUUAAGAUGUCACAUUCCAGCAGCAAAGAGGACAAUUUGUCUGAGAUCGGGUCCGAGCAGGAUCGGUCACCGUCGCCGAAGCGGAGGCACCAUCCGGUCGCGAACGGGAUCAGCAAGCUGGACUCCAACAGGAUAUUGAACCAGUCUCGACUCAAGUCGGAGAAGCCGGAAAAGCCGGAGAAACCGGAGCGGAAGUUCAACUCGCGGGAGUUGAUUGAGAAACAAAAGAACUGGACGUCACACUUCUCCAAGACGAGAACAUCCAAGGGCGGUGACUUCACCAGGUGUGAUAUUAUUAGGACUGUUCCGGGCACGGGAAUCAUCUCCGGAGGAGGACCUCCGGCCAACGGCGGAUGUUCCGUCACCACAAAUGGCACUUCUUCCAAAGAAUACAACAACAACCAGCGCUCGGAGAUUCAGAACAUCCCGUUGCCACAACCACCCCCACCACCACCCCUAGCGGUCAUCACCCACAGGUUACAAUCCCCGACCGAACCACCCCCAAGUCCCCCAAAAAGACAAACCCCUCCUCCACCACCCCCGGAGAAGGGUCCCCGCAACAUCCGUCAGAGCUCAUUCCCGUCCCCAACCAAAGCUCCCCCGGCAGUGCCGCCCCACGCAACGGAUCCCUGCUCACUAAGCCCAACCAAAAUAAGCCCGGAAAAGCUAAAGUCCCCUCUCCGACAACCGGAACCUCCGCCACCGGCCGCCGCCCUCCCCCCGGUCGCUCCCAUCCGGAACAAGUCCGAAGAACCCCCGGAGAAGGGCGUCCGCAAGAAAUCGCUCGAAACCACGCUGGACGACCAGCUCCCAAUCCCGAUCCCCCCGAAAACCUUCAAGUACCCCGAGCUGGGCGGACUCCGCCGGCAGUCCACCGAAAAGGACAGCGGAGCGAGUGGCCUCACCUCACCUGCCCACGCCAUCAGCUCGUCGCCGUCCCCAGGCGCGAGUGCAUCUUCGGGGCCAUCUUCCCCCAUUCACACCGAGGACGAAAAGCAGGAGAACGAACCCACGGAGAAGGCGCCGACGUCGACCGUUACGCAGGAGGUCGCUGCCAGCAGCAAGCUGGAUGAGGACGAGGGCGUUGCGGCGGAGGAAAAAAGUGGAAAAUCCUCCCGUUCCGAUGACAAUGACACUGCGGCCGACCACGGCGUCGGCGGCGUCGUCAGUCGGCGCAAGAAGGUCUCGAGCAUCUGCUUCCAGGUGCCGGCCGCCGGUCUCGGAGCUCGUCCGCCCAGCAUCGUCAGCAGCAGCACCACCACCGACGAGGGCGGCUUCAACGAGCCCUCUCCGCGGGUCGUGGCCAACCUGAAGCCCGCGUACGACUUUGACAUUGUGGCGCCAGCCCUGCCAGCGUCUCCUCCGAGGAGGGCUGCGAGUAAUGGAGUUGGAUCGGUGGCCGCCAAGGAACCGCCGAUGGCGGAAGGAGAUGACGAUGAGUCGCAGCUGAAUUACGCCGAACUCGGGUACCGGUUACGCCCGGACGGAACGGAAGCGGACGAAAUCUACGGCGAUGUGGACGUCUUUCGAAGUGCCAAAAACAGCAACAGUAUUAUCAGUAAUAAUCAACCCGCGUUAGACUUAGAGCACGGUACUAGUGUAGAAAGUAGGAAUGCUAUUAACAACAUUCGAUCUCAUUACAACACCACUAACAACAACAACAACAAUCAAGGCCCGCAACAGGCGGCCAGCGAUGUGCCAACGACGACGACGUCCGUGGACCGGGUUCUGUACGCAUCGAUCGUACCAACCGCUGGCGCCGAUUCGUCCUCGACGAUCGCGAGCAGCGAACUGUUCAUGGACGUGGAAAAGGACGAAGCCAAAAUCCUCGACCUGGACGAACUGAGCGAAGCCGGCGAAAAGGGCUAUCACUCGCCCCAAACGCUCCUGGAUCCGACGAGGACAACCCUCACCGCCACUGCCGAGGACACGACCGACGAUUACGCCAACAAAACCCUGCCGGAUCCGCCCUCGUUGGCGUCGAUGCGGCCGCCGCCGAUUCCGGAGGGCCCGCCGCUGGACCUGCAGGACGUGCAGUACGCGGACGCCAGCGACACCGAGCACGACAGCCUGGUGCUGCCGGACGAGAUGACGGCGGACGAGGCGGAACGGCUGCUGAGUUCAAGUAUUUUGGAGUACAAAAUAAGACAACAGCCACUGCUCUCGGACGAACAGGCCCGCGAGGUGGAACAGAUCCUGCUCAACAACAAAGCCAAAGCCGAAGCUGAGCUUAAGGCACAGCAACAACUUGCUCAACAGCAGCAGCAGCAGUUUGAAUCUCCGGAACCUUCACCUCCGGCCGUAACGGCCCCACCACCAUCCGCGACCGACGAGCCCGACUGGCUCAAGGAUGUCCUGGAAGCGCCCAAAACUGCCGCUGCCUCGGCGGCGAUCCCGCGCGAGAAGCUACCUCCUCCACCUCCGCCACACGGUCCCAACGGGACACUGGAACCGCCCGCUCCGCCCAGUCGCAACAACUCCACCACUAGUCAGUUCGAGGAGACGAGCAGCAACAACACGACGGCCGACCUGCUCAACCAAACCAUCCUCGACUCGUCCUCGAUCCUGCAGGACUCGUACGUCUCGGCCGACUCGUCCAUGCCCAGUGUGACCACCUCGGACAGUCUGAACCUGAGCAAGCAGGAAGAUCAGCUCCAGCACCAGUCCCAGCAGAAUCUGCAGGAUCCCGCCGAAGCGGACGUGUCCGCCGACGAGAGCAACAACUCGGGCUUCUUCAUCCCCGAGUAUCCGCCCGUCAAAAGCAAGGAAGUGUUCGUCAACCAGGACGGCGUGCACUUUUUCGAGGACGGCAACUUCUGGAUGGAAGUGCCCGGCCUGCUGGACUCGGACCGCGACGAAGAAGAGGACGACCCGCGCGUCAUCCCCAAGGACACCAAGGUCAAGUUUAGCACCAACCCGAUGCAGGUGUUUUCGACCUUUUCGGUGAACGAUUACGACCGGCGGAACGAGGACGUCGAUCCAGUGGCGGCGUCCGCCGAGUACGAGCUGGAGAAGCGCGUUGAAAAGAUGGAUGUGUUUCCGGUGGAGCUGAUGAAGGGGCCGGAGGGGCUGGGCUUGAGCAUUAUCGGCAUGGGAGUGGGCGCUGAUGCUGGGCUGGAAAAGCUUGGUAUUUUUGUCAAGACCAUUACAGAUAACGGGGCGGCGGCACGAGAUGGAAGGAUACAGGUCAACGACCAGAUCAUCGAAGUGGACGGCAAAAGUCUGGUCGGCGUCACGCAAGCGUACGCCGCGUCCGUCCUGCGGAACACGUCCGGCCUGGUGCGCUUCCAGAUCGGGCGCGAACGCGACCCGGAAAACUCCGAAGUGGCCCAGCUGAUCCGCCAGAGUCUGCAGGCGGACCGCGAAAAGGAGGAACGCGUCAAGCGCCAGCUCGAGGAUUACCUGCGGCGGGGCAACGCAAGCCACGCUAACAACGCCAACAACACGGAAAUCUCCGAGGACUCGACGCUGCCGGUGUCGGCCAACUCGAGCGUGUCGGAGGGCCCCGUCAGCCCGACCGGCAUUACGGCCGAGUCGCUGUUCGAGACGGAGGCGGCGCGGUCCAGCGAUGUGGAAUCGCUGCGGCGGAUUCUUCAGGAGCAUAAAGCGAAUCUUAAAACCAUUGCACUGCAUGAGGGCGAUAUCCUUAAUCUCAAGCAACAGCUGAUCAAGUACCAGCAGAGCUGCAACGAGGCCGAGCUGCUCGCGGAGCGGAUGAAGCAAACCGAGCGCGAGCUGGCCAACAUCAAGAAGGAGGCGAACAACUACCAGAACAUGCUGCAGCAGAGCCAGGCCCAGUACGGUGGGCUCGAGAAGAAGUACGGCCGCGUCAAGAAGAUCCUGCGCGAGUACCAGCACCGGGAGCGGGAUAUGAUCCAAUUCCAGGAGUACUACCUGCAGCACCUCCAGGAAAAGGACACCGAGUACAACGCGCUGGUGAAGAAGCUCAAGGACCGGGUAAUUCACCUGGAACAGGAGCUGCAGGAAACGCAACGCAAGGCGGGCUUCCCGGUGAAUCUACCGUACGACAGCGCCAGCCUCAAGCUAACCCCCCAGAUGAGCCGCAAGCAACCGCCGAAGCCGGUCUUCCAGAAGCUCGAGACGGAGCUGUCGGACACGGAGUUUUCGGAUUUGUCUCCGGACGGGGAGGGUGAGGACGGAAAGACGGCCACGGUUGAGCGGAAGCUGCCGGUGUCGAAGGACGACGAGUUGGACACGGCGGUGCCGCAGCACGAACUGCUGGACAACUCGCUGAACAAGGGCAAGAGCGACCUGGUGGCGAGGGGAGGCUUGUCGAAGCGGAGCGCACCAGGGAAGAAGAACAGUCAUAGUAAUAGUGGGUCGGAUUGCGCGCUGGAUGAGAGUGAGGAGGAGAUUACGGACUCGACGUCGGUGUCGCACGAGUACAGUGGACUGUACAGCACGCCGCAGAUCAUUCAGAGGGCGGGACUUACGAACAUAAAGAACAAUGGGCAGGAGAACGCUGGGUUGCCUGUGUACGCCCAGGUCAACAAGGAUCGUGGAGGAGGUGGUGGUGUCCUCGGGGGAGGAGGAGCCGAUCACCAGACGCAACACACGACCAUACCGAACAUUUACCGAAAUCCACCGACCGACAACAACAAGCUCAACUCGAGCUACGGGUCGGACUUGAACGCUUCCUCGUACGACAGCGAUCUGGGUUCGUCCACGGACAAGCUCAAGGACAGCGGCGUAUCGAGCGAAAGCUGGAUGUACCCGUCGCGAAGGCCUAAAGGACUGAAGGGAAUCACGCCGCCGCUGUUGGCCGAACAGCUCAAGGAACGACUCGCCGAACGGCGCACGACCCAAGACGACGCGUCUUCGCGGGACUCGAGCGACGACUACUCGGAGAUCAACCAGCGGCACGUCGUCAACCCGGCGGCCGUUUCGCUCUCGCAGAACCUGCUGGUCGAGAUCAAGAAGGCCGUCAACGAGGCACAGCCCAAGGUGAAAAACAUUCUUCCACAAAAUCUGUCUCCUCCAGGAAGUAGCAGCCCGUGGCAACAGCAGCAGCCACCGUCGUCGAUUCUGCAGCAGUCGGGCACGGCAAGCGGAGCCGGUUCGCAGGGACCGCCGUCACCGUCGAGUGUGUCCAGCGGGUCGACGUCACCGGGGGCGUACUCGCCGUCGCGCACCCUCGAUCUGUCCGGGUCAACGUCGAGCUUCUCGAGCGAUCGGCUGCGCGACUCGCACCAGUGGAAGAGCGGACCGGUCGAGGAGUGGUCCAAUGAGCAGGUCUGCCAGUGGCUGCUCGGCAUCGGCCUCGAGCACCACAUUCCGGCCUUUGUGAAGCAUGCCGUCGAGGGCGGGGCGCUGCUCCAGCUGGACAAGCCGGACUUUAAGAUCCUGAACGUGGGCGGUGAAGACAAGAAGCACCUGAAGCGCAACAUCAAGGAGCUGCGACGGCUCAACGAGAAGGAGCGCAAACAGAACGAAAAGGACCGCCGCGAGCGGGAAAAGCUGAUCAAGAAGGCGGAAAAGAAAGCGGAAAAGGAUCAGAAGAAGAAGAAGUAAGGUGGGUUGGGGGGAUCCCCUUUUUAGACGUGCAUUUAUCUCAGUAAUGAUAAAGGAAAAUGAGAAAAAGAAGACGAAGGAGGGAGAACAAAACACAUUUACAAACUUACUCUAAAAUACUGCUCCAUAUAUGAAAUGCUGUGGACGAGAGGCACAUAGAAGAUCCUUUCUUUUUUAUAAGAAUAGACUCAGCAACAGGUAACAAAUUUGUAGAAAUAGACGCUUAGCUGAUUGGGUCUCUUUUGUUUGAUAUUUUCGUUUUUCUGUUUAUUUUUUCGUUUUGAGCAUCUUUAUUUUGUACCAUAUUUGUUUGUUAGAUAGUUUGUAGUGAAUAGGGAACGUUUAUUUAUACAAAAAUACAAAUUGUAGACGAAAAAAUAACAAUAAUUAGUUAAUAGCAGUUUGUUUACGUAAGUUACAACUCCUAGUUAAGGUUAGGUGCGCGUGUCGCGAUUCGGUUGCUUUUUUCCUUUCACUCAAUUUGUUUGUAAACCAAAAUUAUUUAUUGACAUGCAACAAAGCACGAUUCAUACGAGAAAUAAAACAAAGCAAAAAAUACAUAAAGAAAGCCAUUCGUCACUUUUGAUAUAGUCUAGUAGAAGGAAAAAUAAACAAGUAGAUUUAAUACGUAGUCAAACUAAGAAAAGUGAUGCGACUCGCGUUGUUACAAAAAAAAAGAGAAAUAAGCAUCACAGCAUCACUCGUAGCUAUGUUUUUCGUUUCAAUCAAUUCUUUCACAAUCGAGUGUACUUUUGAAUAGUUUCGCAAAACUCCCCACUUUGGUGUCAAACAAUGCAGAAAAGUGAGUGCAGUUAAAACGAAGAGACUAAAACGAGAGACGAGCUAGCAAGCGAGACUGGGAAGAGAAGUGGAGAAGCAGCACGUAACAAGAGUACUGUAUUUAUUAUUUAUGAUACGGAAAAGAUAAACACACACUCUAGCUAUUAGGAUAA